UGGUCAUGGUGAACGGCCUCCGCGAAGACUUCCAGGCGCUGAAGAUGAAUUCAGUAGAGAACCUGCUGUAUAUUGCCGGUGUAUUCCAGGCCACGGAACUCCGCGAUCGAAUUUACUCUGUCCUUGGACUCCAGGGCGCCAAUAUCAGUCGUAGUGAUGCCCAAGUGGUCGAACCGGACUACGAGAAGCCAGUAGAGGAUGUCUUUGCUGAGGCCGCCAAGGCCUGCAUCAUGCAAUCAUCUUCUCUGACAAUCUGCGGCCUCAAAGAUUGCGCAUCCCCCCAAAUGCAGGAGAGCCUUCCGUCUUGGGUGCCUAACUUCGCCACGACUACCCUCACCUCUAACACCUCGCUCUGCCGCCCUUUACCACUUCGCCCGUACGACGCCUGUGGAGACACAUCCCUCGUAGCAGCAUGGCCGUACGAGGAGCGGCCCGACCUGCUUGUUACCUCUUCAUGCAACAUUGAAACUGUCGUUAGUCUUUCGGACAAUUUACCCCGGGGUCAGGGGGCCUUGAAAAGCAUCGUUGUGGAAUGGACCAAACUGGCGAGCACGGUCGGGCGAGAGUAUCCAACGGGUGAGUUUGCGCCUGACGUCUUUGUCCGGACCUGCGUUGUGGACACGUCGGGACCCUUACGACAGAGUCCGAUGCCCAGAAACUACCAUGAUUCACUGUGUCGGCUGUUCGAAAGAUGCUUCACUCACCAUGUUGUCCUGAAAUGUGGCGAGCUUAAUAGACUAGAUGAGACUGUCCUUCAGGAAUGCACCAAUCCGCUGAUAGCGACCCUUAUGGUGGAUGCAUAUCAGACGGAGGGCCCAGCGAACCGCGAUGAAGCGGAGCAGAGUGGAACAGCUACUGUUGACACCACGGCUAGUGGGACCUCGUUCGGCGGGGCCACUGUUGAUCCUGGCGCUGUGGACGCGCUGUGGCUGGCCUGUACUAACAGGCGGUUUUUUGUGACGGGCAAUGGCUUCUUCGGUCUUGGGCCGCGGGAUCUUCAGGCAGGGGAUGAGGUUCACAUUCUGGGUGGAACACCCGUGCCUUUUGUAUUAAGACCGUAUGCGGCCAGCGCUGAAGGGUCGGGGGGACCUGAUGAGGACAGAAGGACCCCAACCGUGUUGGACGCAAUCGGCGAAGAUGAUAUCAAGUUGUAUAGAAUGGUGGGAGAAUGUUAUAUCCAUGGAUAUAUGCAGGGUCAAGUUUCCACAAGGAAUGAUGUGGAAUGGGAAGGGAUUGGGAUUUUCUAA